AUGCUGAUGAGGAAUGGGAACAACAUUGCGGUCUACCUCAUCAGCCUGUCCAUCUCUGACCUGCUCUACACAAUCACUCUGCCUGUGUGGAUUGAGCUGGCCUUGAACAGGCCUAUAAAUGGUCUCUGCAGUUUAGUUGCUGUGAUCAUGUACAACAGCUUUUACUUUGGCUCAGGCCUCCUUUGCUGCAUCUCUGUUGAUCGCUACCUGGCAGUGGUCCAUCCUCUCCACUUCCACUGUGUCCGAGAGGUGCGGACUGCAGCAUGUGUGAGCAUUGCUGUUUUGACUUUGGAGAUUUUCAUCCACAUUACAUUGCUUCACCACACAGGGGCACUACAAGCUUUCUCCUCAAGAAACCUGUGUCAGGAGCGAAUACCCAUGACACGAGAAGAUGCCAACCUUGCCUUUAUACGAGUCAUCUUGGGUUUCUUGGUCCCUGUCUUCAUCAUGGCCUUUUGCUUUCAGCAGAUCAUGCAUUCACUCCGACAGAGCCCAUCCAUCUUGGCAGAGGAGCGCAGGAAAGUGGGACUGCUGUUGUUUUUCCUUCUUCUAACCUACAUAGUGGCUUUUGUGCCCUAUCAGACCGUCAUGCUGCUCAGGGCUAUACUGGAGCCCGGGACCUGCAUUUGGGCCGCAAGGCUCAGAGAUCCGUACCUGGUCACAGUUGCCACAACUACCUUGAACAGUACACUGGAUCCUAUAAUAUACUGCUUAAUCAGUGAGAGUGCUAAGAAAGAGGUUAGGAAAACUCUUGACAAAGGUUUUGAUAAACUCAUCUGA